GGUCCCAAGAAAAGUAAGCACAUGGCUAAUGUUAAUUUCACACUGGUGACUGAACUUAUCCUUUUGGGGCUGACAGAUCGUGCUGAUAUGAAAAUGGUCCUCUUCCUGUUGUUCCUGCUCACCUACACCAUCUCCUUGGUGGGGAACCUAGGCAUGCUCUUUCUCAUCCAGAUAAUUCCCAAACUCCAGACACCCAUGUAUCAUUUCCUUAGUUGCCUAUCAUUUGUUGAUGCCUGCUAUUCAUCAGUCUUUGCACCCAAAAUGUUACUGAACUUCUUCGUUGAACGGGAGACGAUUUCAUUCUCUGCAUGCAUUGUGCAAUAUUUUCUAUUCGUGUCACUCCUGACCACGGAGGGCUUCCUGCUGGCAGCAAUGGCUUAUGACCGCUACAUGGCCAUCGUGAACCCUUUACUUUAUACGGUGGCUAUGACAAAAAUGGUCUGUGUCACUCUAGUCAUUGGAUCGUGUGUAGGAGGUUUAAUCAACUCUUUGACACACACGCUUGGUUUGCUGAAGCUGUCUUUCUGUGGGCCCAAUGUCAUCAGGCACUACUUCUGUGACCUUCCCCCACUGUUGAAGCUGUCAUGUUCUGACACAUCCAUGAAUGAGCUGUUGCUUUUAAUCUUCUCUGGAGUUAUUGCCAUGAUCACUUUCCUGACUGUGAUGAUCUCCUACGUCUUCAUCGUCGCUGCCAUCCUGAGGAUCCGCUCAGCAGCAGGAAGAUGCAAAGCCUUCUCCACGUGUGCUUCGCAUCUUACGGCUGUGACCUUGUUCUAUGGCUCUAUAAGUUUCAGUUACAUUCAACCAAGCUCCCAAUACUCCUUAGAACAAGAAAAGGUGGUGUCUGUGUUUUAUACUCUGGUGAUUCCUAUGUUAAACCCACUGAUUUAUAGCCUGAGAAACAAGGAAGUGAAGGAUGCUGUGAAAAGAGUUAAAGAAAUGAAAUAUAUCCCUUGUUAA